CAAGCGGAACAAACGUAAGUCUUCUUGUUUCUGCCGGUUUCCAAAACUGGUGCACAGGCGGUUUACUCAAAACAUUGUGACAAUGGCGUCGAAAAGAACAUCAACAGUGCCAAGCAGUUUUAAAAAAGCUUCCACCGAGGUUAAAAGCUCGAAAACCGGGGGCAAUGUUAAUAAAGCGAGCGUCAGUGGAACUGGGAAGAAAAGUGUUAAACCAAGUGGGACAAUUGUCAAGUCUCGCUACAUGCAGUCAGCUGAGAAGUCAUCUCUUUCAAAGAGUAACUCACUGACAAAUGAGUCUAUUGCUGUGCCACUGAGGCCUUCCUCACCUAAACCCAGUGGUGUCAAACCGAGAGUGGACACUCCACCCAGACGUUCACUGGCCCCACAGGCUCUAACAACAUCAAUGAUCUCAAAUGAAACUGCCCCUUCACUGCUUGGUAAAAGUAUUCUACAGUCCACUUUCUCAGACGGACACUACUUUCAACCAAAUUUUGAUAUUUCAGUAAUUAAAGCAAAAAAAAUGAUUGAAAAUGCAGUAGAGCCUGAAAGGAAUCCAGAGAUUGAGAAGAGGGACAUUGAGAUGCAAACAUUCCUACUGGCCUACCUCACAGCAAAGAUGGAGAGCAACACUGCGAAGCUCAAGGCUGAGGCUGAGGGAAGGAUCAUGCAGGAGAUGCAGGAAGAAGAGGCGUUGCAUAAUGAGGUCCAGGACAAGAAACGUCAGUACCUCCUCAUGGAGAAGGACAGCCUAGCGAAUGAGCUGCUGGAUUUACAGAUUGCGGCUCUGACUCCCUUGGCAGAAACUGCCAAGCAGUUCACAAAGGACUACAAGUCUUUCGCCACAGCUGUUGACACCACCCGGCAUGAGCUGCCUGUCAAGAACUUCUACAUUGACGGGGACAGAAAGGAAUUCCUAGAUAAAGCUGGGAAUUGCCUGAAGGAGAGUGAGAAGUUGCUAAUGGAGUGCACAGAGGGAGAUCAGAAGGACAACAGCACUUCUCUAGAGUGCCUUCGGGACAUUAAAACAACAUCAAAGAACAUCAGCCAGCAGCUGUCAGGUACAUUCUCAGAGCUGCUGGAGCUGUCAUCGUUGGCCUGCCGCCACACAAUCCAUGUACAGCAGGCCACGGAGGAAGAAAAGCUCGGCACUGCAAGAAUCCACCAGCUCUACUGCCCCAAAAAGUGAAGAAUACCACACAGCAUGAGAUAUGGAGUGUCCCCGUUUCCCCAGUUUACAUAUAUUUGCACCAUUUAUGUCUUGCAUGGUAUGUAUACUGUCUGAUUUCUUUGUAUUAUAUCUUGUAAAUGUUGAAUAAUAAUUUUUAUAGAUUGAAAAUGUGUCAUUACACAAUAAAGAUCUAAAUUAACAAAGAAA